CUCUGGUUUCUAUCCAUUUCAUGUUUCUUUCUCUCUCUCUCUCUCUUUCAUCCUUCUGUUUCUCUUUUGUCUCACUUGUAUCCCUCUCAAUACAUCAAUUUAUGCACUCAAUCAUUUCAUCAUCUUUGCAUAAUCUUUUUUCAAAGUAAUUCCAAAGUGAAGUACAUAUGCAGAAUCUUUUUUCAGUGUCAUUCACACUGAGUUAAGCUCCAGCAACAACUUCUGACACCUAUGUUUUCAGUUUCCACACUGCGAUGGCGAUAUUAAUUGUGCUGCUUAUUUUACUCUUCAUUCAUAUACACGGGGGUGGUCAUCACAAAGAGGGAAGAGGAAUCACUGCAACGAGUCGUUGUGAUUUUUCUCAGGGAAAUUGGGUUGCUGAUGAAUCAUACCCUCUUUAUAAUACCUCACAAUGUCCCUUUAUUCUCAAACAGUUUGAUUGCAUAAGAAAUGGUCGUCCUGAUAAAAACUAUGUCAAGUACAGAUGGCAGCCCAAAAACUGCAACUUACCAAGAUUCAAUGGCGAAGAUCUGUUGAGAAGAGUGAGAGGGAAGAGUAUUUUGUUUGUGGGGGACUCCUUGAGUUUGAAUCAAUGGCAAUCACUCACUUGCAUGCUUCACACGGCUGUGCCACGUGCCAACUACACCUCACUCAGAACUGGAUCUUUAUCCACCUUCACUUUUCCGAUGUAUGAUGUGAAGGUGAAGCUUUCACGUAACGCGUUUUUGGUGGAUAUUGCAAGUGAAAGCAUUGGUAGAGUCCUGAAAUUGGAUUCGAUUGAAGAUGGAAAAAACUGGAAAGGAAAUGAUAUACUCAUAUUCGACUCUUGGCAUUGGUGGCUUCACAUCGGAAGAAAACAACCAUGGGAUUUCAUUCGAGAAGGAAACCACACGUACAAGGACAUGGAUCGCUUGGUCGCAUACGAGAAAGGCUUGAAAACAUGGGCCAGAUGGGUUGAGGACAACGUUAACCCUAACAAAACAAGGGUCUUCUUUCAAGGAGUGUCUCCAGAUCAUCUCAGUGGAGAAAAAUGGGGUGAGGCAAAGGCAAGAUUCUGUGAGGGGCAAAUGGUGCCAAUGUCUGGAACAAAGUAUUCACACCCAGCUGAGACAGUGUUACAGAAGGUGUUGGGAAAGAUGUCAAAGCAUGUGAAUUUGCUGAAUAUAACUGCAUUGUCACAGAUGAGAAAAGAUGGUCACCCAUCUGUUUAUGGAUUUGGUGGAAGAAGGAGCAUGGAUUGCAGUCACUGGUGUCUCCCUGGUGUUCCUGAUACUUGGAAUUUGCUUUUAUAUGCAGUUCUCAUUCAAAAUUAAGGUUUAUCUUUAUAUAUAUAAAUGGUUAGCAACUCUCAUUCAAUUAAAUUCAUAUGUUUAUUCUUA